AUGAAGCGCGCUCUAAUUACAUCCAGCCUCCGAGUAAAUGCGACAAGAAGCAUCAUUCGCACAACCUCCACACGCGCUACACCCAACGCCGCGAAGCCUCAGCCUCAAUCAAGAACGACAGAAGCGUCAAGCAAAGAAGCUUCAGCAACCAAGAUUGCGGCUCGAAAAAAGACCAGUGCGGAACUGGAUCAGGAAUUGAGGGAGAAGUUGGAGGGUAUGUCUGGGGAUGGAGGAGGCGCUGGGGUAGAGUAUGAGAAUGGCAGGGCGGAGGGAUUGAAGAGAGGUGUCAAGUCGAAUAUGUUCCGGGUGAUAUGA